AUGAAUCGGCAGUUGUCGUCGCGGUCGCGGAAACAGCGACUUCCCUGCGACCAGAACGUAACUACGUUUCUUCAGUCGAACACCGAAUUCGAAACAGAUUAUGAGGCCAGAGAUGUCUUUGAAGCCGCUCCCCCCAAAAAAGCCAACCGUUUCUUAAAUGGUUCUCGAAAGGCAUCUGACGCCAGGGAUCGACAGGCUCAAAUGGAUCACAACGAGCAAGAGCGCGGACGUCGGCGCGAGUUGGCUAUCAUUUAUGAAAUGAUUCGUACGUGCAUUACGGAGGAGGACAUCCGCCGACAUCUUGAUGGUGCUGGAAAGGGUCCAGAUAAGCUGUCUUAUCCACAGCUUCUGCAGAUAUCGUGCGGUAUGAUCGAGGAUGAAAUCCAUGACAUGGCUAUUUAUGAACGCCUCGUGAGGGAGAUAGAUAUCCUUGAAAACGAGUGUCUCAAACUUGGGAUCCCAAUAACCGACAGACCUUAUGUCAUCCCUCCUAUGCAGCGCCACAAAAUCGUUGCUGAUGUGGUUGAAGCUGUGCUGAAGGAAGACAAAGCGUCUCGAAAUCGGGACGGUGACUACGCGGUAUCUCAGCGGGAUCGGGCUCUUGAAGCUCAUCGAAAGCUUACGGAACUGCUAGGGGAUGAGUCACAUCCGCCAGCUUGUGUUCUACCUGCUGGCCCAUUCACCACAAUCUGUGAAUCUCGUUCUUGUGACAGUCCUCGUCGGACCCCACGUCGUAACAGUCGCAAAAUUACGCGGAAGCAUGCACUCCGGAACCUUCCUGUACCUAAUUUUGUUCCUCCAUUCCCUCCUCUUCAUAAUUUUUCUUCCUACGCCGUGAACCAGGACGAUUUUGACUUUCAUAACCUCCAUCAGCGCCGUUUCGCCCUGGUAUCAUCCGCAUCCUCUCCAUCCGGUUACAUUCAACUUCCGAGUGUCGGUCCUGCGGCUGACGGCGAGGACUACGGUUCUCCCAUGCCCCGAGAAGACAGAACUGCGCCUUCCGUGGACCAAGAGAUUGUAGAUGAGUUCUUUGCGUCUGCGGUGAAUGUCGAGUCGAAUUUGGAUGAUGCUGACAUUAUUGGUUGUACUGAUACAGAAAAUCUUGAUGACUAUACUUUUGACACUCUCUUUGAUGUAAUUGCAACCGAACCUACGGAUGAUUUUGCCAAACUGCCUUUUCAACAGUAA